AUGACAGCGGGAACUGUUGUUAUCACCGGGGGAAUCCUAGCGACGGUGAUCCUACUGUGCAUCAUUGCCGUGCUCUGCUACUGUAGGCUACAGUACUAUUGCUGCAAGAAAGAUGACUCCGAUGAGGAAGAGGAGGAGGAAGAGGAGGAAGAGGAAGAGCCUGACCUUCCCACGCACUCGCACCUCGGCACGUGCAAUGCCUGCAACUCCCGCAUGGUGGAUGGCCAGGGCAGCCCCGCUCCCCCCGCCAGCGAGCUCAACCAGCACGGGCAUUCGAAGGCCUACCAGCCCACCCUGACAGUUCCUGACAGCCAGAGGAAGGUUGGCUUUAGGAUGACUUUUGCUUUCGACAGCAACAGCAGAGACCACCGGGUCACCUCUCCUCCUUUGCAGGGCCCACGACCUCCCAUGGAGGAGUGA